AUGAUUCGAUGUUGGAUAAUCGUGUUGUGUUUAAGCUGCAGCACACUCUGUGAGGCAUUGUCUGUGGAACAAGUACAACAAAAGAAUAUAGAAAUUUUAACGGAAUACUUCAAUAAAGGAUGGAAAGAGUUCUGUGAUGCUCCUGUGGAUGAGGGUGUGAUGUCCCUUUACAAUGGCAUCAAUCCCAGUGACACGACCAUACAUGUCCUUACUAUCAAUAAUCAAAGUGUAGAAUUGCCCAUACGUUCGUUAUCGGAAAUACGCGAUUUUGAUAUAAAUCCCAACCGGAAAACGUUAUUAUAUGUCAAUGGGUUCUACACAGAUGACAGCUAUUUCAGCAUCCAGGCUCAUUUGCAUAUGUUGCAGGCUCGUCGAAGGGAUCUCAAUGUUAUUGUGGUGAAUUUCGCCAAGGAUAUGCAGCAGCUGUAUUAUGCCCUUAGGCAUCACCUGACCUUGCACGGUUAUUUUAUAGCCAAAAUACUUUCGGUGUUGGUUGCAAAUGGUGUUGAUCCCAAGGAUAUAACAUUGGCCGGGCAUUCAGUGGGCGCCAAUGCCGCAGCAUUGGCUGCAUCGAUCUACACCACUGAACACAUGAAUAAUUAUUCGGCAUUAUCCAUAAUAGAUCAAUUAAUUGCCAUAGAUCCGUGUUCGUAUAUAUGUGAUUCGGAUGAUAUAUUUGUUCGGCGCAAUAUCACGUCACGUGUUGUGGUGAUUCACGGCGAGGGUAAUUUAUUUGGUGUACGAGAUCCUUUGGGCACCAUUGACAUAUAUCCCAAUGGCAUUGGUUUUUAUCCGAAACGUAGAAUGCAACCUGGCUGUGAGAGUUGGGUAUGUAGCCACAUGUAUCCAUUUCUUUUGUUCAUGGAAUCACUGGUGGAAGGUGUUGGCAUUACGGCUGUCAAAUGUGAAAAUUGGAUGCAAUUUAAGGAUGGUCAAUGUAAUUAUACGGACACAAUAAAUAUUGGUAUAACCUAUCCGGUUACGGCUAAGGGGCUAUAUUUCUGUACUACCCAGGCACAGCCGCCGUUUACAUUGAAUGAAGAUGGUUUGGAAUAUCGAAGUAGAAAUAGUAUUCUGAAAUAG